GUUUUAUUCGAUAGAGCCGCCAAUUAAUUUCUGUGUGUUUGUGUAUUAAGGACAUGUGCUAAAGGGUUUUUGGCCAAGUGUUAGAACAGAGACUGCCUGAAAAAUGUCCUCGAAAGUAUUUAGUUCAUUGAUGGCCGAGAGCUUAUUGCUCUCAAAAGCGGCUCAAAUCGUGGCAGGCUAUUCGCCUAUAACAAUUCUUCUAUUGACCGUAAUUACAAUUUUCUUUGUGGUCUACAACAAGAGACGGGCUCGUUUGGUGAAAUAUAUUGAAAGGAUACCAGGACCUGCUGCACUUCCAUUUCUUGGAAAUGCUAUCGAAAUGAAUGUGGAUCAUGAUGAGCUCUUCAAUCGAGUUAUGGGCAUGCAAAAAUUGUGGGGCACACGUAUUGGCAUCAAUCGCGUGUGGCAAGGAACUGCGCCAAGAGUGUUGCUCUUCGAGCCCGAGACAGUUGAGCCUAUAUUAAACAGUCAGAAGUAUGUAAACAAGAGUCAUGACUAUGAUUAUCUGCAUCCUUGGCUGGGCACUGGUCUCCUCACCAGCACCGAUCGCAAAUGGCAUUCCCGCAGAAAGAUUCUGACACCUGCAUUCCAUUUCAAAAUCUUGGAUGAUUUUAUUGAUGUUUUUAAUGAGCAAAGCGCCGUCUUGGCCCGCAAACUGGCCGUCGAAUUGGGCAGCGAGGCAUUCAAUUUAUUCCCCUACGUCACACUUUGCACUUUGGACAUUAUUUGCGAAACUGCCAUGGGUCGCAAAAUCUAUGCACAGAGCAACAGUGAAUCGGAGUAUGUGAAGGCGGUAUAUGGCAUUGGUUCCAUUGUGCAGAGUCGUCAGGCAAAGAUCUGGCUGCAGAACGAUUUCCUUUUCCGCCUGACCGACGAUUACAAGACACAUCAGAGCUACGUUAAUACGCUCCAUGGAUUCUCCAAUAUGGUGAUACGUGAGCGUAAGAGUGAGGUGGCUAAUAACAACAAUAACGAUAACAACAACAACAACAACGAAAUGCCUGAUGCCUACGAUGAUUUUGGCAAAAAGAAGCGCUUGGCCUUUCUCGAUCUGUUAAUCGAUGCCUCCAAGGAAGGCACAGUGCUAUCGAAUGAGGACAUACGUGAGGAGGUGGAUACUUUUAUGUUUGAGGGACAUGACACAACUUCGGCGGCAAUUUCCUGGACACUUUUCCUACUCGGCUCAUAUCCGGAAUAUCAGGAGCGUGUUGUGGAGGAGCUUGAGUCCAUAUUUGGCAAGGAUACUGAUACGCCAGCCACAAUGAAGAAUCUGUUGGACAUGCGUUAUUUGGAGUUUUGCAUCAAGGAUGCCCUCAGACUGUUUCCCAGUGUGCCCAUGUGGGCUCGCAUGGUGGGCGAGGAUGUGACCAUAGGCGACAAGUUGGUGCCCGCCGGCACUCAGGCGAUUAUUAUGACUUAUGCUCUUCAUCGCAAUCCCCGCAUCUUUCCCAAACCGGAGCAAUUCAAUCCGGACAAUUUCCUGCCCGAAAACUGUGCCGGACGUCAUCCCUUUGCUUAUAUACCCUUCAGUGCUGGGCCACGUAACUGCAUUGGACAGAAGUUUGCCAUUUUAGAGGAGAAGGCGGUCAUCUCGACGGUUUUGCGUAAAUACAAGAUUGAAGCUGUCGAUCGUCGCGAGGAUCUGACUCUGCUGGGAGAGCUGAUCCUGCGUCCCAAGGAUGGCCUUAGAGUCAAGAUUACGCCACGAAAUUGAACAGUAUCUAUACUGAACAGUUAGUCUUUCCAAAGUAUUUAAUUUGUAAAUAAUUAAAUUUAAUUUAUUAUUAAGUACGCACAAUUAAUAUGCUAAAUUAGCAAAUAACACCUUGACCUCUGUGGAAUACAUAACCGUAGUAUAAGCCUUCAACUCAGUGACUUGAUUUUCUUACUUUUAAGAGAACCUAGCUAAAGUUAUCCAUAAUAAGCUAUAUUAAAGAAUCUUCAUUUUUAUUGAAAGCAACUUAAAAUUAUCCAUCAUAAGCAAUUUUGAAAUAUCUUUUUCUCUAUUAAAAUUAUUAAUUAUAAUUUCAUUAGUAUAAUCUGUACUUUAAAAAGACUUUAUGAAUAUUAAAUACACUUUUUCUUGCCGACAUUUUGAUCGUA